AUGGGUUCCCACCUGCUGCUGCUGCUGCUCCAGGGUCUAGCAGGUCAGGGCUUGGCUGGCAGUACCCCCGAGAUGCUGCAGGCCCCCGUGGGGAGCUCCAUUUUGGUACAGUGCCACUACCAGCUCCAGGACGUCAAGGCUCGCAAGGUGUGGUGCCGGUUCUUGCCGGAGGGGUGCCAGCCCUUGGCAUCCUCGGCGGUGAAUCGCGGAGCCCCGGGAGGCAGGCGUGCGUUUCUCACCGACCUGGGGGGCGGCCUGCUCCAGGUGGAGAUGGUUUCCCUGCGGAAGGAGGAUGCUGGGGAGUACUGGUGCAUGGUGGAGGGAGCCACGGGGCUCCAGACCUUGCACAGAGUGGAUCUAGAAGUAAUUCCUAAGGAGGCAGAGGAGGAGACCUCUGGGGCUGGCAGUGUGGCAGAGGGCUCCUCGUCAGACCCUGCAGGCAGUGCCAGCCCCUUGGAACCCGGCCAGCAGGAGAAGAGCAUCCCCUUGAUCUGGGGCGCUGUGGUCCUGCUGGGGCUGCUGCUGGCGGCGGUGGUGCUGUUUGCUGUGAUGGCCAAAAGGAGAGGGAGCAGGCUUGGAGUUUGUGGCCAAUUCCAGAGCAGCAGAGUUUCGGGCAUGGCCCCCUCUGCAGCGGUCCACCACAUCAGUGACUCUGGCCUGGCUGUAGAUUUGCCAUCAGAUGUACCAUAUGUUUGGCUUGACUUGCCACCUUCCUUCGACAAUACCACCUAUACCAGCCUACCUCUUGACCCCGCAUCAGGGAAACCAGCCCCAGCCCCAUCCUCAUUGCCCCCUCUGCCUCCAAAGAGUGACAUAAGCUCUAAGUCUGUGACGUAUGCCACAGUCGUCUUCCCUGGAGGGGCCAAAGGUGGAGGGGCCCCCUGUGAGCCAGUUCAGGAUCCACCAACUAGCCAGACUCUGCCCAGCUAA